AUGGCUACCAAAGACGACGAGCAGCCGCCAGUGCACAUCCUCUUCUUCCCGUUCCCCGCUCCCGGCCACCUCAUUCCGAUCGCCGACAUGGCAACGCUCUUCGCUGCACGAGGCGCCAGGUGCACCAUCCUCACCACGCCCGUCAACGCCGAGAUUAUCCGCCCGGCCGUCGACCGCGCGAACGCAACCAACGCUGAUCUGCAUGCCAUGGUGGUCGACAUUUCCGUCGUGCCCUUUCCAGACGUGGGGCUCCCGCCGGGCGUCGAGAACGGCCCGGGCCUUACCGGCCAGGCCGACGUCGACAAGUUCUUCCGCGCGAUCGAGCUGCUCCGCGAGCCCUUCCAUCAGUUCCUGGCCGACCACCCGGUCGACGCCGUCGUCGCCGACAGCCAAUUCAGUUGGUCCGUCGACGCCGCCGCGGAGCACGGCGUCCCGCGGAUAGCGUUCCUCGGCACCAGCAUGUUCGCGCGGGCGUGCACCGACACCAUGUUGCGCAAGAACCCCAUGAUGGAGGCUUCCCCGGAUCAGGACGACCCCGACGCCAUGCUUCUCCUCCCGGGGCUGCCGCACCCUGUCGAGCUUAGGCGCAGCCAGAUGCCGGACCCCCGGAAGGAGCCGGAGGUGUUGGCCUUCUUCAAGGUCAUGUACCAAGAGGACCGGAGGAGCUACGGCGAGGUGUUCAACAGCUUCCACGAGCUGGAGCCGGAGUACGUCCAGCACUACCAGGACACGCUCGGCCGCCGCGUCUGGCUCGUCGGGCCGGUCGCACGACCCGACAAGGACGCCAGAUCGCGCGCCAGCAACACCAACAACGCGCUCUCUCCCGACGCCGACGGCUGUCUGCGGUGGCUCGAUGGGAAGCCGGCCGGUUCGGUGGUUUACGUAUCGUUCGGCACGCUGUCCAAUUUCUCGCCGGACGAGCUGCGCCAAGUCGCACGGGGCCUCGACCUCUCGGCCAGGUAUUUUCUGUGGGUCAUUGGUACCGGAGCUAUCACAAACGCCGCGCCAUCGUCGGAGUGGAUGCCGGAAGGCUUCACCGAGCUUCUGGCGCGAGGAGAGCGCGGCCUCGUCGUCCGGGGCUGGGCGCCGCAGGUGCUCAUCCUGAACCACCCGGCCCUCGGUGGGUUCGUGACACACUGUGGGUGGAACUCGGUGCUUGAGGCCGUGAGCGCCGGUGUGCCGAUGGUCACCUGGCCACGGUACGGUGAUCAGUUCUUCAACGAGAAGCUCGUCGUGGAGAUACUCAAAGUGGCGGCCAGCGUCGGGGCCAAGGACUACGCGUCCCCCGUUGAGACCCACCAGCUGAUCGACGCCGAGGUGAUCGCGGAAUCCAUAGGGAGAGUGAUGGACGACGGCGGCGACGCGAUACGGAGUAAUGCAAAGGAGCUCGGUGUGAAAGCCAGGAGAGCUCUGGAGAACGGUGGGUCGUCUUACGGAGACGUCGGUCGGCUGAUGGAGGAGUUGAUGGCUCGCCGACGCUGA